AUGGAAGGAAAAGAACUACUAGACCAAGGAGUGAUAACAACAGAUGAUCUAUAUGAGUAUUUAAAAGGAAGACAUGGACACGAAUCAUCGGUUAUCAAUGUUGGCCUUCCUUCUUAUGCUUUGCUUCAUACACUGCUUAGGUCUAUUAAAGCUGGUGCUCAUGGUGUGCUUUUGCUUGAUGGCUCUGAAGUAACACAUUUGAAUAGACCGCAGGACAAGUUCUUGGACUGGUUCUUUAAUCCUAUUAUGGUGUUGAAAGAUCAGAUUAGAGUGAUUAAACUUGGAGAAAGUGAAGUUAGGUACUUGGAGAAAGUUGUUCUCUUUGGGAACCAUGAACAAAGGAUGGAAGCUUGGGACAAUCUUGGUAACCCACCUCAAGAAAAUGUUAGAGCUGCUCAAAUUCAAGGAAUCAGUAGAAGAAUGAUGGGAAUGGUACGGAGCGUAUCUAAGCUUCCUACAUAUAGGAGAAGGUUCAGGCAAGUGGUUAAGGCUCUAAUAACGUAUUGGUUAGAGAAACAAGGCUUGAAUCGAACCGGUUCCAUGAGUUCCGGAGAUUUCAUUGAAGAGGUCUAACCUAAGAGGAGCAACAUUUGUUUGUCUUCAAAAA